AUGGUGUUAAUAACAGAGGAACAAGGUGAUGGUUCAAAGGUUCGGGAAAAUGGAGCAUCCAGAGGCGCAGGACUGUGUCAGAUUCCGUAUAGGACGAGUACAGCGGCAAUGGAUACACCUGUCAUGUCCAUCACUGGUGUUGACAAAAAUGAUGAUGAGUGUGAGGAGUCAGAAGAGGACAAUGACGAGGAGAUUGAAGUUGAUUACAGGCAAAACUAUUGGGAGGACGAGGAUGAUGUCUACCAGGAGUUCGAGGAAUUGGACUUCGAGUCGCUGCCGGAUCGCUCGGACAUGCACAGCAUUGCCUCGGAUGAUUCUUUCUAUCCCCCAGACAGUUCGGAUAUGUCCGACUUGUACCGCGUGCCAAGCCCUGACAGUCCCGAGCCUAUAUCCUUCUUUAAGGCCUGCUGCAACAACAACGCCAUCAUUGUCAAAAUUAUGAUCAGACAAGGAGUGACCGAAGAGGAAGUGAGAGAAACAGAUCGAAAUAGAAGAUCCGGUCUGAUCGUGGCGUGCUACAAUGGCUACGUGGACGUGGUCAUCGCUCUCUCUCAGUGCCCAUAUGUUGAUGUCAACUGGCAGGACAAUGAAGGCAACACAGCUCUUAUCACUGCAGCCCAAGCAGGUCAUGCGUUCAUCUCCAACUACCUCCUCAACUACUUCCCCGGGAUGGACAUCGAGAGGAGGAACUGUCAUGGUUUCACGGCUCUGAUGAAGGCCGCCAUGCAGGGCCGGGCUGAGUGCGUCCGGGCUCUCAUGCUUUGUGGGGGAGAUUUUCAGGCAAGGGACAGCGGCCGCAAGAUGACACCCAGAGAGUGGGCUCUCUUCACUGGUCGAUAUGAGACAGCCAAUCUGAUGCAACGGCUGAUGUCAAAGCCCUGUGCUGAGCAGUUCUGUGACUCCUUCUCCCUGGAGUGGCCCAUGUUGGAGGAGCUGGUGGCCCAGGCCCAAGAACCAAAGUCCUGCUGGAGGCGUUUGUUGAACUUCCUUUCCUGCUGCCCUUAUAAGAUUUCCAUCACUAACAAAGUAAACCCUGUGGAUGAUGGUGUUCUUGACCACAUGGUGCGGGUCACCACCAGUAUCUGCAAUCCAGUCAUCGCCACUGCUUGCCGCACAGUGUGUCCAGGCAGCCCGCCGUGUGUCGGGAAACGCCGUCAGGCCGUACAGGAGAUCCUGAGGAGGCAACGGAUCUCUGAACUGAAGCGUCUGGGCCCGGACAGACUGAACAACUACAAGAGGUUUUUCCAAAACUCACGAGUCUUGCUUAUUCCCAAGGUGAGGGAUCGGAGAGCCAGCUUGCAGCCUCAGCUGUUGAACGACGUGGCCACAGUGGCCAUCAGACGAGCAAGCCUCCUGCCUCUGCACAUGCUGAGGAGGAGCAGCGUGCGGCCGGGCAUUGUGGUGCCCAAAGUGAGGCUCUGCAAAGCCCCGGCUCCAAGCUUCUUACCAGAAAAACUCAAACGGAGCAGAAACUGCAACCAGCUCCAGAUCCCCAAAUGGGACUACAAGAUGAAGAGAAUAGAGAGGAGGCAGGAAGACGAGAGGCGACGAGCAUUACCUCUGAUAAAGAGGAGAUGA